AUGCAGGGCAGACAGAAUCCGAAUCGGGAGAUCAGCAUCCCCAGCUUCACGUCCAUAUGCGGUGCCCGCCGCCUGUGCGACAAGUCGAAGAUGCUGUACACCCGACCCAAGCCCGAUGUCCUGCAAAGUAUCCUGCAGUCCAAGGCCAAUCCGGAGUACAAGUCGCGUCGCCUGUGGUACGAACUGAACAUGCCGGAGUGCGCCAGCUCGCUGCUGGACGGAAAGAUGCAGUCCGACCUGCCCGACAACAUCCUCUGCUACAAAAAACAGCAAAAGAAACGCCAGAGGAAGCGCGAAAGCACGGUGGCCAAGGCCAACUACAUGACCAUGCGACUGGAGCGCGAGCAUUUCCGGCGCAAGCUGGUCGAGCUCAUACUGCACAUGGACGACGACCAGGACCCGGAGCUGGCCGCCCAGUGUGCCGUGCCCUUUCCCGACCAGGAGGAGCGCGAGAUUCUGCGUUAUUACUACUACAUCAAGCACGGAAUCGACACGAUUCACGUGUCUCCGUUGAGCAAGAAGAUUCUCAAGAGAAUAACCGAUCUUGUGCCUCCGUUGCUCUACAAAUGGCAGACUGCCCUGAAUGAGAACAUAGCCGAGGUCCGGGCGGAUUAUGUUUUCGCCAUGAAAAAGGCCGUUGUAGACUUUGUCCUGCGUCACACGGUUCUCGAUCGACUGACUAAAGAAGGAGUGGGUGGAAAAUUCGAUACCGCCGAGCGGAAAGAGGUGCAAUCCAUGACGAACUUCUGGCGAUAUCGCUACGACGAGAAUCGCAAUGUCCUGAUGAAAACGCUCUUCUGCAUACAUCGAAGUGUGGCCAGCAUCUUGGAGCUCUGGAGCAUGAAAUAUAAGGAUAAGUCCUUAAUCGACAUCAAGGAGUUGGGAAAAAUCGAGACCCCAUUUUCAUUAUUUUCGUUUGUGUAUUUGUGUGGUUCCCACAUCGACAAUGGAAAGACAUUGCUGGAAGAGAGCUGGUACGGCGAAAUUCACUCCUCCCUGCUGAAGGCCAGCAAACGAGGACAAUUACCAGACAUCCGUCGUUUUACGCUGGUCAAGCGAUUCUUUAACUGCGUUGCCGCUCUGAUGACCCAACAACUGGAGGACAUUUGCAUAAGGAGUCUGAAGGAAUAUGCGGACUUUAUUUGCGACUAUGGGCAUUCUAAUCCAGGCUUCGAAAUCUCCGUAAUGCUGGCCGACGAGGACACGAUCCAGUUCAAUCCCAGCUUUUCGAAAGUACAAAGCGAAUUGCUUCGCGUCAUAGACUCGAUCCUAUUGAGCAUCCAGAUGCUGCCGCGGAUUGAGAGCAAGCUCUACACCGAUCUGAUCGUGUCCAAGAAGAUCUUCCUCACACCGACGGUUCCCGAUAGCAUCGUUCAGGAGACGAAGAACCGGAUUUGUGCCAUGUUGGAGGAUCAGCGCAUCGGACCAGAAUUGCGACUGCAGGACUUUGAUCCGUUCAUUGAUCUAAUAAAUGGAAGCGAUGCGGAAAGGGUGGGUAACUUCAUGGAGGGCGAUGCCACCUUCGAACAGUAUACGGAAAUGGUUUACGAGUACAAGGAGAAGGAGGAUCGCAUCGCCAAAGAAGUGUGGGCCGUGAUCCGAAUGGGUUUCUACGAGUUCCACAGGGAUAAGUUCAUCACUCACCUGGAAAGCUUGUGCCGGCAGCUUCAGUUGGAUUUGCUGGCUAGGAUGGUGACCGAUCAGCAGGCAAGGAUCUCUCGGUUGGGCAAGGAAUACGAUGCUAUUGCCAAGAAGGCUCUAACUGUGCCCAAGGACACGGCCGAAUUGAUGCAACUAAAGGCCUAUGUGGUCCAUGCAGAGGAGAAUUUAGUGCCAGAAAUGGAGGCAAGACUUAAGGUCAACAUGAGUGAAAUCCUUUGGCUGAUGGACCACACUCUGUACUCCCCGCUGGAGAUCAAGAACAACAGCAACUCCUUCCAGUGGUAUCUAAAGCUUCCGUCGAUCUUUGAGCAACAUCGUGCAAUUAUUGCCGAGAAGGUCAUCGAGUAUCAGGAGCUGCUCAAGAAACGCAUCGAGCUAUUCCGCCGGGAACUGCAAAAUUAUUACGAGCAGGUGCAAACCUACGACACCUGGGGCGACAUUAAGCAACUGUCCAGGUACAAGAAGCGAGCUGGGGUGCUGGAUCAGAGAUUAGUCCAGGCCAUGGAGACAAUUGAUCAAAUUAACGAAGAGGAAACCUCUUACGGCUGGGAUCUUUCCCAAUAUCCCAUGAGAAAGAAAGCACACGACCAACUUAAACCGUACAAAACCCUAUUUGAUGCUGGCCAGGAUUUCAUGGACAAAUGGGACCUGUGGAUGCACUCUCAAGUUGGCUCCUUUGACCCCGACGAGAUUGAUGGCGAUGUGUCCAACUUGUAUCGCAUUAUCCAAAAACUAGACAAGCAGAUGGGCGAGCAUCCCAUCACGAUGCAGCUCAUUCAGGAUGUCAAGGCCCAAAUCGAGGCCUUCCGCGAGCACAUGCCUAUUAUAAAUACAUUGGGUAAUCCAGGAAUGAAGGCCCGCCAUUGGGAACUGGUAUCCGAGAUUAUUGGCUUCCCCAUCAAGGUGUCGCCCGAGCUGACGCUGGAGAAGAUCAUCGAGUACCAGCUGGACGAGUAUGUGCCCAAGUUCGAGGCCAUUUCAGAGAGCGCCACCAAGGAGAACAAUUUGGAGAGGGCGAUGGCCAAGAUGGUCAACGAGUGGGAAGGUGUCGAGUUCGCCAUAUCGCCCUACAGGGAUUCCGGCACAUACAAACUGGCUGCUGUGGACGACAUCCAAAUAUUGCUGGACGAUCAAAUCAUCAAAACGCAGACGAUGAAGAGCUCACCCUACAUUAAACCAUUCGAGGCGGACAUUCUUAAGUGGGAGGCCAAGCUCAUGCUGCUUCAGGAGAUCCUGGACGAGUGGCUGCGCGUGCAGGCCACCUGGAUGUACCUGGAACCCAUCUUCAGCAGCCCGGACAUUCAGCAGCAGAUGCCCGAGGAGGGGCGACGGUUCAGUGCCGUGGAUAAGAUAUGGAAGGAACUGAUGAAACAGGUUGCCCAAGAUCCCAAGGUCAUGGUGGUGGUGCAAAUUGACAAGAUGAACGACAAGCUGAAGAAGGCCUACAGCCUGCUGGAGGUCAUCCAGAAGGGUCUGAACGCCUACUUGGAGAAGAAGCGCCUCUACUUCCCGCGAUUCUUCUUCCUGUCCAACGACGAACUUCUGGAGAUUCUGUCAGAGACGAAAGAUCCAACUCGGGUGCAGAUUCACUUGAAGAAGUGUUUUGAGGGCAUCGCCACACUGAACUUCACCGAGGAGUUGGACGUGACUGCAAUGCGAUCCUCAGAGCGCGAGGAGGUGACCCUGGUGGAUGUGAUCUCGACGAGCAAGGCGCGCGGCCAGGUGGAGAAGUGGCUGUUGGAGCUGGAGAUAGACAUGAAGAAGAGCGUGCAUCACAAGGUGUCGGAAGCCUUCUACAGCUACCUCAAGAUGUUGCGUCACGUUUGGGUGCUGACCUGGCCGGGCCAGUGCGUCCAGUCCAUUUCACUCACCUACUGGACUCUGGAGAUCACCGAGUGCUUUGAGAGCGAGGAGCCCAAGGAGAAUCUGGCCAAGUAUUUGCAAAAAUGCGUCCUGCAGAUCAACAAGAUUGUGGACUUGGUGCGUGGCGACUUGAACACACAGAAUCGCAUCACCUUGGGCGCCCUGGUGGUCUUGGAUGUCCAUGCCCGUGAUGUCCUGGCGGAAAUUGUGGCGAAUCAAGUGGAAGACUUGCAGGAUUUCCAGUGGCUUUGCCAGUUGCGUUACUAUUGGGAGGAUAAUAAUCUCGAUACAAGGAUGAUAAACUGCUCUUUGCCGUAUGGAUAUGAGUAUUUGGGAAACACCACUCGACUGGUGGUUACGCCUCUCACGGAUCGGUGCUAUCGAACCCUGUUUGCUGCCUUAAAUCUGCAUUUGGGUGGUGCUCCAGAGGGUCCUGCCGGCACUGGCAAGACGGAGACCACAAAGGAUCUGGCCAAGGCCGUGGCCAAGCAGUGUGUGGUGUUUAAUUGCUCCGAUGGACUGGACUACCUGGCUCUGGGCAAGUUCUUCAAGGGAUUGGCCUCGUGUGGCGCCUGGUCCUGCUUCGACGAGUUCAACCGCAUCGACCUGGAGGUGCUAUCGGUGGUGGCGCAGCAGAUCCUGACCAUCCAGCGGGGCAUCAACUCGGGCAGCCCUACUCUGGUGUUCGAGGGCACCAAUUUGACCCUGGAUCCCACUUGUGCUGUGUUCAUCACCAUGAAUCCCGGCUACGCAGGACGCUCCGAGUUGCCUGAUAACCUCAAGGCUCUCUUCCGUUCGGUGGCUAUGAUGGUGCCGGACUAUGCACUGAUCUCGGAGAUAGAGUUGUACUCUUAUGGUUUCUUGACCGCCAAACCGCUUUCGGUCAAGAUUGUGGCUACCUACCGUCUGUGCUCGGAGCAGUUGAGCACGCAGUGUCACUACGAUUACGGAAUGAGGGCUGUGAAGUCGGUGCUCAAGGCAGCGGGUGCCUUGAAGCUUCGCUAUCGGGAUGAAAACGAGGAUAUCCUGGUGUUGCGGUCUAUCAAGGAUGUGAACUUGCCCAAGUUCCUCAACCAGGACAUUCCUUUAUUCCAGGGCAUAACCUCCGAUCUGUUCCCUGGAACUGUUUUGCCGGAAGCCGACUACGUACUGUUCAAUAAGUGCACACAGAUGGCCUGUGAAAGGCAGAAUAAGCAGUGCACUCCUUUUGUCCUGGAAAAGGUGCAGCAGCUGUAUGAAAUGAUUGUGGUGCGGCAUGGCCUUAUGUUGGUGGGUUAUCCAUUUGGAGGCAAGUCAACCACCUACCGCGUCCUAGCCGAGGCAUUGGAGUGCAUGGAAAAGACGGAUGGUUCGGAAAACAAAGCUAUUUACACGGUUAUCAACCCAAAGGCCAUUACAAUGGGUCAGCUGUACGGUCAAUUUGAUGCAGUGUCCCACGAGUGGAGUGAUGGAAUUUUGGCGGUAAACUAUCGUAUAUUUGCCGUGUCUGAUUCCCCAGAUCGCAAGUGGCUCAUUUUUGAUGGACCAGUCGAUGCCAUUUGGAUCGAGAACAUGAAUACCGUGCUAGAUGACAACAAGAAAUUGUGUCUGAUGUCCGGUGAGAUUAUCCAGCUUUCGAAUACCACCAAUUUGGUCUUUGAGCCCAUGGACUUGGAGGUGGCCUCUCCAGCGACGGUCUCUCGAUGUGGAAUGAUAUAUUUGGAGCCCAGUUCCUUGGGUUGGGAACCCUUGGUGGCCUCAUGGAAGAACACUCUUCCUCCGGCUUUCCACACGGUUAGCAAGCAACUAAUAUCGAUGCUAAUCUCUCGAUUUUGUCCCAUCCUCCUGUACAUUCUACGCAAGAGUCUGAAGGAGAUUGCACCCACCUCGGAUGCCAAUCUGAUGGUCAGCUUGAUGAACUUCUUCGAAUGUUUUAUAGAUGACUUCCGGGAUGAGAAGUAUGUGGCAAAUGUUUCAGACUUGGAUUUUAGGGCCCAAACCGAGGGAAUAUUCCUGUUCUCUUGUAUUUGGUCACUUGGCGGCGCUUUAGAUGCCGACAGCAGGGAGAAAUUUAAUGUAGUUUUUAGGGCUCUGAUGGAGAAGACCUUCCCACAAAAUCUCUAUGACACUUAUGGAGUUCCGGAGGAUCUCUACGUGGAAACCUUGGCCAAGCCAUUCAUAUUCCCCAUUCCUAAACAGGGAUCAGUGUUUGAUUAUAGGUAUAUAAAGGAAGGCAAGGGCAAGUGGAAACCGUGGCAGGAUGAUGUAAACUCCGCUCCACCGAUCCCUCGAGAUAUACCCGUCAAUCAGAUAAUCAUUCAAACCAACGAAAGUGUUCGCAUUGGAGCUGUUUUGGAUCUGCUAAAUCGUCAUGGCAAACCUAUUAUGUUGGUGGGACCGACGGGAACAGGCAAGAGUGUCUAUGUGAUCGAUUAUAUGCUCAAGAGAAUGGAUCUAGCCGUUUAUAAGCCCCUGCUGAUCAGCUUUUCCGCACAGACAUCCGCCAACCAAACUCAGGACAUCAUUAUGUCCAAGUUGGACAAGCGUCGGAAAGGUGUCUUUGGUCCACCACUCAACAGUCGCUUUGUUAUCUUUGUGGACGAUGUUUCGAUGCCAUUAAAGGAGAACUACGGAGCCCAGCCGCCAAUUGAGCUACUACGAAUGAUGCUCGAUCACAUGAUGUGGUACGACAGAAAGAACAUUGUGCCGAUGAAGCUUAUCGACCUGCAGAUGAUCGUAGCCAUGGGACCUCCAUCAACAGGAAAUACGGUGACACCUCGUUUCCAGCGCUUUUUCAACGUGAUAUCUAUUGAUGAUUUCAACAACGAUAUUUUGAAUACCAUAUUUAGUAAGAUUGUGCUGUGGCAUCUGGACACCAGGGGCUUUUCCAAGGAGUUCGAUCCUUGUAUUGACGAGAUCGUAGGCGCCACCCUGACCAUUUACAAUGACGCCAAACUGAAUCUGCUUCCCACCCCGGCCAAAUCGCAUUAUCUCUUCAAUCUGCGCGACUUCUCGAGGGUGAUACAGGGCGUCCUGCUGUCCGUUCCCGAGGCGACCGAAGAUGUCAACUCCAUGAGGCGACUGUGGGUGCACGAGGUGUUGCGGGUGUACGGGGAUCGUCUGGUGGAGGAUGCCGAUCGCACGUGGCUGUUUGAGAAUAUCUGCAGCACGGUUAAGGCAUCCUUCAACACGGAUCCCUCGCGCCUAUUUGGUCGACUUGUGGAGAAGGACAAAUCCCUGCAGGAGUCCGAUUUCCGUCAGUUGAUAUACUGUGACUUUACCAAUCCGAAGGCGGACACCAAAAACUAUGUGGAAGUGCAGGAUCUGGAGGAGUUGCGCCGGGUGGUGGAGGCCUAUCUGGUGGAGUACAACAACAUGUCGAAGAAGCCCAUGAAUCUGGUGCUUUUCCGCUUCGCCAUCGAGCAUUUGUCGCGCAUAUGCCGCAUCAUAAAGCAGCCGAGGAGUCAUGCUCUGCUCAUCGGGGUCGGUGGCUCCGGGCGCCAGAGCCUGACUCGAUUGGCUUCGCAUAUAUGCGACUAUGAGCUGUUCCAGGUGGAAAUCACGCGAUUGUAUGGGCCGUACGAGUAUCACGAGGACAUCAAGGCGAUCCUACGCAAAAUUGGGGCAUCCGAGAUGCACGGAGUCUUUCUCUUUACGGACGUUCAGAUCAAAGAUGAGUCCUUCCUGGAGGACAUCAGCAAUCUACUCAACUCCGGCGAGGUGCCCAAUCUCUUUAGCAACGAAGAGAAGAUCGAGGUGCAGGAGAAGAUGGCCCAGAUUGACAAGCAGAGGGACAAGGCCGUGCAAACGGAUGGCAGUCCCGUGGCCCUCUUUAACUUUUUUGUCACGACCUGCAAGGAUCAGCUACAUAUUGUCUUGGCUAUGUCGCCAAUUGGCGAUGCACUGCGGACCCGCAUCCGUAAAUUCCCCUCGAUUGUCAAUUGUUGUACGAUCGAUUGGUUCCAGUCCUGGCCGGAGGACGCACUGCUGGCCGUCUCCACACGUUUCCUGGCCAACGAGGAUCUCACUGCGCUGGAGCGCCGCACAGCCAUUGAUAUGUGCAUGGACUUUCACACUUCCACCCAAGAGCUUUCCGCCAAGUUCUUCUCAAGGUUGCAUCGGUACAACUAUGUGACACCCACUUCCUAUCUGGAAUUGAUCCAGACCUUCAAAACAUUGCUUGGACAAAAAAGAAACAACAUUACAAUGAAUCGCAAUCGCUAUUUGACGGGAAUUUCCCAGCUGGACAUUGCUGCUCAGCAAGUGGCUGUGAUGCAGGAGCAACUUAUCGCCCUGGAACCGAAAUUGAAGGAAGCCUCUGAGAUUGUGGCUGAACAGGUGGCCAAGGUGACAGCCGAUAGCAAGCUGGCCGAGGAGCAGCGGGAAAUUGUAAAGCUGGAUGAGAGUGCGGCCAAGGAACAGGCGGCCGUAGCCCAGGAGAUCAAGGACGAGUGCGAUGCCAAGCUGGGAGAGGCGUUGCCCAUUUUGGAAUCGGCUUUGGCCGCUUUAAAUACCCUAACCACUGCGGAUAUUGCGGUGGUCAAGACCAUGAAGAGUCCGCCCAUUGGUGUGAGAAUCGUAAUGGAGGCGGUUUGCAUUCUGAAAGACGUAAAGCCCGACAAGGUGCCGAAUCCGAGUGGCCUGGGCACUAUUGAGGAUUAUUGGGGACCCUCGAAGCGUGUUCUCAGUGACAUGAAGUUCCUGGACAGUCUGCUCAACUUCGACAAGGAUAAUAUUCCCGUGGAGGUGAUGAAGAAGCUGGCACAGCGCAUUCUUAGCAACGAGGCCUUUGAUCCGGAAAAGAUUAAGAGCGCCUCCACGGCCUGCGAAGGUCUGUGCCGUUGGGUUAUUGCCUUGUCUAAGUACGAUGUAGUGGCCAAGAUUGUGGCGCCCAAAAAGUUGGCUUUGGCCGAGGCCGAAGCCACUUACAAUGCGGCUAUGAAGACGCUCAACGAGAAACUGGCCAUGUUGGCCAAAGUGGAGGCCAACUUGGCAGCCAUUCAGAAGAUUCUCGAUGAGCAACUUCGGCAAUAUGGUAUUUUGCUGGCGGAGCAUGAGGCUUGUACCAAGAAAUUGCAGCGAGCCCAGGAGCUCAUUUCUGGUUUGGGUGGCGAGAGGACUCGAUGGUCUGAGACGGCCAAAAUGCUGCAAGCCAGCUUUAAAAGCGUCACCGGCGAUGUACUGAUCUCAUCUGGCGUCGUCUCGUACUUGGGUCCCUUCACCAUCGAUUUCAGGUUGGAACAGAUUCGCAAGUGGGUGGCCAAGUGCCUGAAUUUCGGUGUUACUUGCACUCCCGACUUUCAACUGGCUGUUGUCCUGGGCGAACCUGUGGAAAUUCGGUUCUGGAACAUUUGCGGUCUGCCAACGGAUGCUUUCUCCGUCGAGAGUGCUAUUAUGAUGAAAAAUGCUCGACGCUGGCCCUUAAUGAUUGAUCCACAAGGACAGGCCAAUAAAUGGAUCAAGAACUAUGAGAAGAACAACAAGCUCUGCGUAAUUCGUCUCAAUCAAGCGGAUUACACUCGUGUCAUGGAGAAUGCCAUCCAAUUUGGUCUGCCCGUGCUCCUGGAAAACAUUGGCGAGGAGCUGGAUCCCGUCCUGGAGUCCGUGCUCCAAAAGACGCUUUUCAAACAGGGCGGCGCACUCUGCAUUAAGUUGGGCGACUCGGUGAUUGAAUAUAAUCAUAAUUUUAGAUUCUAUAUGACAACUAAGCUCAGAAAUCCGCACUAUUUGCCUGAGGUUGCUGUCAAGGUAACCCUGCUGAACUUUAUGAUCACCACUCAGGGAUUGCAAGAUCAAUUGUUGGGAAUAACGGUGGCCAGGGAACGUCCUGAUUUGGAGGCGGAGAAGAACAACCUAAUUGUCCAGGGAGCUGACAACAAACGGAUGCUAAAGGAGACCGAAGAUCAGAUUCUGGAAGUGCUCUCAUCAGCCGAAAAUAUUCUGGAGGACGAGACGGCCGUACAGAUUCUGAGUUCAGCCAAGGCCCUGGCCAAUGAUAUUAGUGAGAAGCAGGUCAUCACUGAGGCCACAGAAAAGCAAAUUGAUAUAGCACGUUUGAGUUAUGUGCCUAUAGCCGAACACUCAACUAUAUUGUUCUUUACUAUAGUGGAACUGGCCAACAUCGAUCCCAUGUACCAGUACAGUCUGGCUUGGUUCGUCAACCUGUACAUGUCAUCCAUCGAUAAUACGGAAAAGGUGGACGACAUAGCGGCACGUCUGCUGGAUCUUCGAAAUCACUUCACCUACAGCCUGUAUGUCAACAUCUGUCGCAGUCUCUUCGAGCGUGAUAAGCUGCUGUUUUCGCUCAUAUUGAACGUCAACAUGAUGAAGCACGACAAUCGGAUUGACAAUGCCGAAUGGAUGUUUCUGCUGACUGGAGGCGUUGGUUUGGAGAAUCCGUUCAAGAAUCCUACCACCUGGCUGGGCGUCCAAAAUUGGGAUGAGCUCUGUCGCCUGACUAAUUUGCCCAAUUUCAAGGGCUUACGCGAGGACUUCACCGACAAUUCGGCCCAAUGGAAGCCGUUCUUUGAUUCCAAGACGCCGCAGGAUAAUAAGGAUGUACCGAAAUCCUGGGAAAAGCGAGUGAGCAUGUUCCAGAAGCUCUUGCUUCUUCGCGUCUUUCGGCCGGAUAAACUGGUACCGGCUGUCUUGAACUUUGUGAGCGCAGAACUGGGUGAACGAUUUGUGGAUCCACCGCAGUUCGAUUUGAUGGCUUCUUUCGGCGACUCGCACUGCUGUGUGCCCUUGAUAUUUAUCCUGACCCCCGGCUCGGAUCCCACGGCCACACUUCUGAAGUUUGCCGAGGACCAGGGCUUUGGUACCAAUCGAUUGUUCUCGCUGUCCUUGGGUCAAGGUCAGGGCCCUAUUGCCAUGAAGAUGAUCGACGAAGGCGUCAAGAUGGGCAAUUGGGUGGUGCUGCAGAACUGUCACUUGGCAGCUAGUUUUAUGCCCUUGCUGGAGAAGAUUUGUGAGAACCUAGUGCCGGAUGCAACACAUCCUGACUUUAGGCUGUGGCUCACCUCCUAUCCCGCGGAUCAUUUUCCAGUGGUGGUCUUGCAGAAUGGCAUCAAGAUGACCAAUGAACCGCCCAAGGGCUUGCGCUCCAACAUUCUCCGCUCAAUGUUAAGUGACCCUAUUAGUGAUCCCGAGUGGUAUGAGUCCUGCACUCAGCCGAGGAUUUUCAAGCAGCUCAUUUACUCGCUGUGCUUCUUCCAUGCGGUUAUCCAGGAGAGGAGGUACUUUGGCCCGAUCGGAUGGAACAUCCCCUACGAAUUCAACGAGACUGAUCUCAGGAUAUCCCUGAUGCAACUAAGGAUGUUCCUCAACCAAUAUGAGACUGUUAACUAUGAUGCGUUGCGAUAUUUGACGGGCGAGUGCAAUUACGGAGGACGUGUAACGGAUGACUGGGAUCGCAGAACGUUGAAAACCAUUUUAGAUAAGUAUUACUGUCCAGCGGUUAUUGACUUGGAGAAGCCGUACUAUCUCGACGAGACGGGUCAAUACUAUGUGCCGGUCUUCAAGGAGGUGGAUUUGUAUCUUAACUUUACGAAAGACCUGCCGCAGAUCUCGACUCCGGCCAUCUUUGGCUUCCACGCCAACGCGGAUAUCAUGAAGGACCAAAAGGAAACGGACAUGUUACUGUCGCACACUCUGCUCACACAGGAACGUUGGGACCUCUAUGAUCGACGCAAAUUGGAGAAAAAACAAAGGGUCUAUGUAGAAACUCUUAGCAGACGCUUUCCCGAGAACCUUUCCCUACCCACUUAUCCCACCUGUCCUCCCUUCCUUGCCCUCCAUCAUUUGCCCCUGAAGGACACGAGCGCAACCUCGGAUGACAGCGGCGGUUCCAAGGCACUGACGCCCGAGGAGGUCGUUACUAAUGUGGCCACCGAUAUACUGGAAAAGUUGCCAAAGCUUUUCGAUCGGGAUGCGGCUCUGCUCAAAUAUCCGACUCUGUACCACCAAAGCAUGAACACGGUGUUGGUUCAAGAGAUGGUGCGCUUUAAUGUCCUACUGAACACGAUCCGAACUAGCCUUAUUACGCUGCGCAAAGGAAUUAAGGGUUUGGUUGUAAUGUCUGCCGCAGUCGAGGCGGUUUACAAGUCCGUUCUGAUAGCCAAGAUCCCAGCAAUGUGGGCUGGAAAAUCAUACCCAAGUCUGAAGCCUCUGGGCAGUUAUGUUAACGAUUUUCUUCGCCGCCUUGAGUUCCUGCAGCACUGGUACGAUCAUGGAGCGCCUUCAACCUUCUGGCUAUCUGGCUUUUUCUUCACCCAAGCCUUCCUAACGGGUGCCCAGCAGAAUUAUGCGCGAAAAUAUGUUAUAUCCAUUGAUCUGCUUGCCUUCGACUAUGAGGUUCUCUCGCUGGAAGAGACACAAAUUAAGGGUUUAAGCAGUCCCGAAGAUGGUGUCUUUGUGUAUGGUAUUUUCCUAGAGGGUGCUCGUUGGGAUCGAACAGGAAAGUAUCUUGCUGAAUCUCGGCCAAGGGAACUGUUCGAUACGAUGCCGCUGAUUUGGUUGAAGCCACUCAAGCGGGUUGACCUGCCCGAGCGUCAUAAUUAUCUGUGUCCAAUGUAUAAGACGGCCGAAAGACGAGGAGUACUGUCCACAACAGGUCAUAGUACCAACUUUGUGGUGGCUAUGUUGCUACUCUGCAAUCCAAAUACCCCAGUCUCCCAUUGGAUUAUUCGCGGGACGGCACUGUUAUGUCAGCUGAGUUUUUAAAAACUGCAUGUUUAUUCGAUUAAUCUAUAUUUUGUAAGGUUUGGUUGAGACUAAAAUAAAAGAAAAGUCUGAAAAUGUAA